AUGAGAACUGCAUCGGUAAACGGUCUACCCACGAUGCCAGCAGGAAAAAACCACGCAAUGGUUGAGUGUAGACGAAUAUGCGCGAACCAUGGCGUCAAGGCAGUGUGCAUUAUCGACGGAGAGCUAGUGUGCGUAUCCUUUGGAAAUACAAUAAAAAUAAUAAACAUAACAACUGUGGAUGUGCUUCUACAUUUUGCAGCGUCAACAAGCAGCAACAUCUACGGAUUGACAUUUCAAAGGAGGUCCCCCAAUGGUGGUAUAUUAAUUGCCCAUGGGGUGCACAAAAUUUAUUGCUAUAGGUUAAAUAUUUCUUCAAAUGGUAAAACUUGUUCUUUAAAACUGCUUAGCAAGUACUGCACCAACAAAUGGAUACUACGGGCAAAGUUUCUAGUCCCUACUUAUGAACACACAAAUGAGAGACACAACGGUGCGAAUGGGAAAGGAACUCGUGCCAUAAAGAAUAACGGCAAUGUGAUUCUUCUAUGCUUAAGCAAUGGAAGCGUUGUACUACUACAUAUUUACAGAGGCAUCAGCCUGAGGAAAUAUAAGUUCAGAGGAAUACACCUCCUAUACAGUGCAGACAUUUUCAUUGAUGAGAAAAAGGAAGUGUACAAAAUUGAGGUAGCUGGUGGAACCCCUUUUAACAAAAUAUUAUUAUGGAAUUUCAAAUUGAGAAAAAAUAAAAAGACUGUAAAAUUUUUCCUCCAAAAAAAAAUAAUUCCGUUAGAACAUUUUCAAGAAUUAUCAGGACACAGAGGAAUUAUAUUUAAGGUCAAGUAUUUUCAAGAGCACAAAUAUGUAGGCUCCGUGUCGGAUGACAGAGAAGGACGCAUAUGGAGACGGAUGCGUGUAAAAAGGGAAAGGGAACAGCCCGUUAUGAAUACACAAAAUGGAAACGAAUUAAUUCAGCGUAACUUUGUACGUUGCUACGGACAGCAUCACUACAAAUGCGUCAAGGUACUUACUGGACACGACGCCCGCAUAUGGGACAUCGACAUGGGAAUGUUCAACAAGGAGAUUUAUUUCAUGACAUGCAGCGAAGACUCCACUUGCAUUGUCUACGAAAAAGGAAAUGCCCAGAAUUAUUUUCAAUUCAGCAACAAUAACGGAAGCACCGUCAGAUGUAUCUGCUUCCACGCACCUUUGGGGGUGAUAAUUUCAGGUAGUGACAAUGGCACUGUGCAUGUCAAGUCCUUGUCCUGUGGGGGUAGAAGAAAUAGAGCUACUACUGCUUCAAGUAGAGGUCCCCGAAGGGGGGAGAAGAAUGCCUCCUCCACCACUGCUGCUCGCCCCAACGGUGUAGUUGGCCCACCGGAGCCAAAGAAGUGCACUCACACGAGCACUGAGCAAAUAACGAAUGACGAAAGCGUUUGCAGGGGGGGCCAUUCGGAAAGUAAACGCAAUGAUGACAUCCUCAUGGCUGGGUUGAAAGAGGUGAAUCGCACGGGUGAUGAAAUCCUUUCCAACGUUAAUCAACGAGCGUAUACAGAGCAGAGUAACCCCUGCGAUCAGUUACCAAACGAUCGGAGUACACAGUAUGCACGUGCAAAGGACCUGAUAGAACAAAACGAUUCCAUCCACUUUGUAGUCGACUACCUGGAGGAAAAACUAAAACAGAGUAACGACUGGAUCAGGUCGGUAAGCCACGUAAAUUUGUACGACAUAAUAAUCAGCACUAAUGCAGGAUGCAUAUACAUCUUUAAAACGAAGAACCCGGAAAAUAUAGAAGUAUUGUUAAUUUAUGAGGAGGAAAAGAAAAACUACUUCUUGACAUGCCUGGCUUUUCAUGGCUUGGAUUAUAUAUGCCUUGGAUUUAGCAACGGAUUUUGCUGUUUCAUUUUUUUAAAAUAUGAAAAUAUUCAAACUGAGUUGAUAAAAUCCGAUGAACAGAAUAAGGAGCUAACUUAUUUUAGGUGCUUCAACCAUCGCAUUAGUGAGAUGUGUUUGGUCCCCCUGGCAUCGGUGAAUUACGACAGGUUGAUUUCCCAUGGGAGGUAUGACAAUGUUGAAGAUGUUCUGCACGCGUUGGUGAAGAAGGAGGUGGAGGGAGGGGGCUCCGAUGGGGGCUUCAGUAAAAGCCGACACAACAAUGCUGACCCCCAUACAAUAAACAGCUUCUACCAAAUUGUGUAUAACCAUGAGGCGGACCCAUGUCAGUACAGAAGGGACAACUAUCACGAGAUGCACAGCGAUAGCAGAGUGGUACACAUCGAUGCGUUACUUCUAGCCGUUUUUGACCACACGGGAGUUAUUCAAAUAUUUAGCGCACAAAAAAGUGGACACAAGAUGGACGUAAAGAAAGUCGCGCAAACAGAAAUCGACGUGAAGAAUAAGAAAUCCAAAAUAAUUUCAGUGAAUUAUCUUUUGAAGCAAAGAAAAAAAAAAAUGGGUAUCAUAUUUUUGGUGGGCGAUGAAUAUGGGUGUAUCUUUAUUAUCUAUGUAAAGACACCCAUAAAGCAUAAUUCAGAGGAAGUGAUUUACGACUUUGCUAAUUCUUUUGUCAAAUCGAAGCACAAAUUACGUGUCCAUAGUAAUAGAAAAGUAUUUGACAUUAAGAUAAUAGAUCGCUUUGUGUACUCAUGUGGGCAGAACGGGCAAGUCCUUAAGUACCAGUUGUAUAAGGAUGGAAACGGGAUGUAUACCUUAUACAAACUUUGCUUAAUUAAAGUUGGUUAUUAUACCUCCAUUUAUAAGUUGCUCCCAAUGCCCAUUCGUAAUUAUAGGGCCGUAUACGGGGGGUUGAAUCUGGAGCUGGAUAAAGAAGUGGAUUACAUAGGAAAAGUAGAACACGAAUACGGUGAAGACAUCCCUGGACCAGCGAACUCAAAAUUGCAGAGAAACAUUGCGCCAACACAUGGUGAAGAGGAAAAUACACAGAACAUGUUCAUUUGCUGCUUUAAGGAUAAACAAUUCGUUCUGUACGAUUUGAAAAACAAAGUGGAGUACCUAUCCGUCGAGUGCGGUGGCUUCAGACGCCCCCUCAGUAUGUUCACGAAAUUUUCUCCAGGUUUCACAAAAGCAUUUUCUUUCUGUUUUUGUAAAGAGAAGAAUAUCCACUUUAACUUGAAAACGUUGUGCAGCACACAGAAGAAGGCCACUGUCCCAUACGAGCAAAUAUACAUCAAUGCAGGGUUUCACUCCAAAAAUGUUUCGUGCGUACUGUGGGUGAAUAAAAGAUAUUUGUGCACAUGUUCGGAGGAUGGAACGAUCAAGAUUGUUCACGUGAAUAAGUGGUGUCCUGCAAAAUGGAAAAAGAAGUGCUUCUUAAACAAGGGGAAAACAAAUACCAAUUGCUGGAAUAACAUGGGUGGCAGGUGGAAAGAAAAACUGGGCGCUCCCUUCAAGGACGACAAAAAGGAUGGUAGACUAUCUAGCAGCAUAAUUGACGAUACGGAAUUUCCUCCACGGAACAAGCAUUACUCUCCCUCCAUCGGUGCAUCCCUCAAAAGGAGCACACAUAAAAAUCCCCCCUUCAGGCAAAGCCAAAUUAACGUUUUAAAUCACAGAAUGGAUAUCAUCCAAAAUGUGUAUAACCACAGUGAGCCGAUAUUUUACAUGUGCUUCUUGGAUAACCCCUUUCACUAUUUUAAAAGAUUAAAACUGCUAACGAGCGUUGGAGCAAAAAACUCGAUUAAUAUUUUUUACCUAUAUAUGGGUGCUCAAAACACACCAAUAAUUUAUCAUGUAGAAAAAGUACGAGUGCAGAAGUUUUCCAGCGAUUUGCGCUUUCUAUCUGUACAGGGAAAUUUCAGUCUUUUACUUUCUGAUGGAAACAAACAUCGCAUUAGGGUGGAUCUACUCGUUGGCACAUCACUUGGGCUUAUACUUCACUACACAGGAGAGUAUGAAUUUACGCAUUAUGAGAACAUAAUUUUUUGCAAAGUUGUGCAACUAGCUUAUUUAGUAUGUUCAUACAAUUUGGGUAGCACCAUUUUGGCUUUAAAUUUAACGGACAUUUUUUUGAGUGAUUCUUUCGCACCUAAUGGGCUACACGAUGGAAAGGGCCCUCUACCAAGCUUCUUUCCUCAAAAAAUAUUUUUAUUUGGCAACUCUGCAGAGGUAGAAAAACGAAGAUGUUCAUGUGAACAAUUUGAGGGGCACUUACGCAUGCCAAACGAUAACGGAAAUAGCAGAGUUGAAGCUGAGCAGGCGAAUGGGAGGAAAAAAGAAGAAAAAUGUGAAGGUGCAAAGUCCCCUCAGAAUAACAACGUGGAAGAAGACGCACUACAACAAGUAAGCUGUGGCUAUGAGAACAAUGUACAGGAACCGACUGAGAAGCUUUUCCUAAACAAACGAAAGGGAAGUAAGAUAUUCCUGGGGAGUAUACUAUGCUGUGGAUUAAAUAACGGAGAAAUUCAUUUUUACCAUUUUGGAAAAAAACUAAUACCGCUGAUGGAAAAGGUGAAGUUGCAUCAGAAUGGAAUAAACAAAAUAUGUGCUAAGAGGAAGAAAGACACAAUAGAGAUAUUCACCUGCGGGGAUGAUCAAUCCUUAAAUGUUCUCACGUUGAAAAUUUGUCUUCCUAUCGAAAAUAUGAUAAAUGGAGAGCCUAACCAUAUACACGUGACAGUUGUACAGAAGAGGAGUUUUACCAACGCGCAUUUGUCUUCCAUCAGGUCGUUGGUCCUCUUCUCCAAUUUCGUGGCAGGCGUCUCCUGGGAUCAGUACAUCUCCAUAUGGAAGUUGAGAAGGAACAAGAAUGGAAAAAUUUUUUUAAAGACAGAGAAGAAAAUAAAAAUGGCUGUCUAUGAUGUUUCAUGCUUAAAUGCUUAUGUAAUUAGGAAAAAGGAAAAACCUAAAAUGACAUUACAAAAUGGGGUACCUCCUUCCCAUUCUGUGCCAAUUGACAAAGUAAGGAAAGGAUCAAGAGGUUCGUCUACCCCCGCUGGAUCUUCUCGCACUAAGGUGUAUUUAACCGUGGCUGGGUCGAAUGGAAGUUUGGAAUCCUUUUGCCUGAAUUUUGCCACAUAG